AGGUGGUCGCGCCGGUCCCCGCGGCGGCUAUGUUGCCCAAAGUUCUCCUGCUCCUCCUCAAUAUCUUCCUACUCCUCCAGUCCAGGGUCAGACCUCACACGGAAGUGGCGGAUGAGCCCACUACCCAUGAUGAUGUAGUCUACGGCCCCCAGCCGCAGCCGCAGCCGCAGCCCCUGCCCCAGCCGCAGCCCCAGCCGCAGCCGCAGCCCCCACCACAGCCGCAGCCCCCACCCCAGCCGCAGCCCCCGAUCCCCCCUGUGGGAAGGAAGAUCCUCACAAAAGAAAUCAAGCCCACUGAGCUGAUCACGACCGGGCAUCCAGGCAGCAAACUGGAAGAAGCUUCGGCCGUCCUGAACAACCUCCUGAGCAACUAUGAUGCCAAGUUGCGCCCUGGCAUUGGAGAGAGGCCCACUGUGAUCACUGUUGAGAUCUCUGUGAAAAGCAUCGGGCCUCUUUCCAUCCUGGACAUGGAAUACACCAUUGAAAUCAUCUUCUCCCAGACCUGGUAUGAUGAACGCCUCCGCUUUAAUAACACCUUUGAGACCCUUGUUCUGCAAGGCAACGUGGUGAGCCUGGUGUGGAUCCCGGACACCUUCUUUAGGAAUUCUAAGAACACUGAGGAGCAUGAGAUCACCGUACACAACCAGAUGGUCCGCAUUUACGGGGAUGGCAAGGUGUUGUACACUGUUAGGCUGACCAUUGAUGCCGGAUGUUCAUUCCACAUGUUCAAAUUUCCAAUGGAUUCUCACUCUUGCCCUCUGUCUUUCUCUAGCUUUUCUUAUGUGGAGAGCGAGAUAACUUACAAGUGGGCGGACUUCAAGCUUGAAAUCAACGAGCAGAACUCCUGGAAUCUCUUCCAAUUUGAUGUUACUGGAGUGAGCAACACAACUGAAAUCACCAACACCCCAUCUGGUGAGUUCAUGAUCAUGACGUUUAUCUUCAAUAUGAGCCGGCAGUUUGGCUAUGUUGCCUUUCAAAACUAUGUCCCUUCUUCUGUGACCACCAUGCUUUCCUGGGUCUCCUUCUGGAUCAAGAAGGAGUCUGCUCCUGCCAGGGCCUCUUUAGGGAUCACCUCUGUGCUCACCGUGACCACACUGGGCACCUUUUCUCGUAAGACUUUCCCACGUGUCUCCUAUAUCACAGCUCUGGAUUUCUACAUUGCCAUCUGCUUCGUCUUCUGCUUCUGUGCUCUCAUGGAGUUUGCGGUGCUCAACUUCCUGACCUACAACCAGGCGAAAGCCCAGGCUUCUCCCCAGACCAGGAAUUCUCUGACUGGAAUCCGCGCCCGUGCCCGCGCCCGCGCCCGUGCCCGCGCCCGUGCCCGCGCCCGUGCUCGUGCCCGCGCCCGCGCCCGCCGGGAGACGGAGGUGUUUGUGUGCGAGAUAGUCACCGACGAGAGAAGCGAACAGGAGGAGCUCCCAGGAUGCCCAGGCCAGCGCCCCUCCUGCCCAGGUAGCCCCGAGGGUCCCCAGGGCCUGUGUGAUAGGCUGGCUUGCUUCCGGUGCUUCAAGGGUCUCAAGAAGUAUUUCUGCAUGGUUCCUGAUUGUCAGGGCCAGACCUGGCAGCGGGGCCGCCUCCACAUCCAUGUCUACCGCCUGGAUAACUACUCGCGGGUGGUUUUCCCGGUCACUUUCUUCAUCUUCAAUGUGAUCUACUGGCUUGUCUGCCUUAACCUGUAGGUGCUAGCCAGUACCAUGGGGCAGCCUCUUCAGUUCCCCGGGAGGUUCCAAGCCCCUUGCCUGCGGAGUUGGGGAAUAGCAGCAGCAGCAGCAGCAGGAGCACAUAAAAAGGGUCUUUCCUUCCCUGUUUCCCAGGCCGUGCAGAGUUUGUCUCUGCUGGCCCUCCUCCCCACUGAGUCUCACUCAGUCUCCUCAGCAAACCAGGCCCAUGGCUGAAACAUGAGCUAUCUCCCGACAGACCGAUGCUGACAACCACUACCCUUCUGUCCCAAACCCAGGAUUGCUUUUAUGGUGCUAAGGGGCCCAGCUCAGGACCAGAUCCAGAGUGCACAGGCCAACAGUUGUAAUAGAAGGAGGCCCUCCCCUUUAAGCCAGGUCAUUAGGUUCUUGUUUCUCUUCCCGCCCUCCCUUUUCCUGCAGGCAGACAGAAUUGGGCAUAAGCUCUUUAAGAGGAGAGGAGCCAGCCAGUAGGCCUCUUUGGGACAGUAUCCCUCCCUCUGCUGCUGUUUCGUCUCCCUCUCCUGCCCCCUGCCUCCAUCUGCAAUACCAAUCAAAUUCCCUUCAUCCAGUGGGUUUCUCUUCUCGUGUGGGAUUAUAUAUUCUCGUGUGGAAUUAUAGUAAUUACCCCCUGCUUUAUGUACCCCUUUCCCUCCUCCUUGACCCCUGUGGUUCUUUCUGUAACUUACCCAGUGACUUUCCCAGCCCUGAUCCAGGUGCUAGGCCUUGGUAACUCCUUGGGGCUCAGAAACUUGAAAAACUGUUUCGCAGAGGUCAGUAUCCUCCAUUGAUUGGUGCCCACCUUGGGCACAGCCUUGAAGUUUGACUGCUUUCCUGGCCCCUGGACCCAUGAGCCAGUCCACUGCCAUCCCCGGGGCACUCACAAUCACAAUCAAUUGAAUUCCCUUAAAUUUCUAUGGCACUUUACCUUUGACAAAGCACUUUUGACAAAUAAUUUAUAUUUAGAAACUCAGUAGAGCCCUGUGACAUCUUUAGGGCAGUUUCUUUCCCCAUUAUGCAGAUGGGAACCCUGAGGCACAGAUUGCUAUGGGAUUGUGGAUCUUACUGGAAGCUACUCAGGAGCCCACUGUCACCUGCUAGACCAUAUGACAGGGCUAGACAGCUCUGACUACCCCGAUGUGAUUCUUUCUCUUCUGCUGGCACCCCAGUUGCAGAGCCCAGAGUGGCAGGCUCCCUUUAGCCUGCUCAAUGACUGGGUCUGAGGUGCUCAGACUGUUCCCCCUGGCAGAACUUCUCCUGGCUCUAGUCACCCAGUGAGACGAAUUUGGACAUGCCCCAAUGCUUGUAUAUGCUGAAUGAAAUCUGUGUCUGUGUUU